AUGGAAGCCCACUUGGAAGUUUCAACAUGCCAUCAAUGUGCCAGCGAGGGUCAUCGAUGUGUUUUCGACACACUCGAUCUGGCAGUCGAUAGGCGGAUCAAGGCUGUUUGUUUCCAAUUGAGGCACAGACAUUUUGGUGAGAGUUUCCGAUCCUCACCCGAGCUCAAUAUUGACUCACCAGUGUACUCGCGCCCAGACCUGAGAAGUCUACAGUCACCCGUGUUGAAAGAUGGAGUGAAUACCGUGGUGGUUGCCGCCGCAUCGACGUCGACGGGUUUUCCGGAUUUUCCCGUGACUGCCGAGACCAAAGCCGACAGUCUGGAAACGCAGUCAUCUGUCUACGACGGAGUUCAGAAUACCGUCCCUACGGAACCAGUGGAAAUCCUGGCACGGUCUGAACACCGAAAAUCCCAGUCCACCCGCAGCGAGAGUCGGUGCGUUGUCGACACGCUCAAUCUCGCAGUUGACCGCAGGAUCACGGGCGUCGGUCUUCCGUUGCGGCGAAGUCAAGAUGAUAGUUUCCGGUCCUCACCCGAGCUCACACUUGACUCGCCCAUGUACUCAGACCUGAGAAGUCUGCAGUCACCCGUGUUGAAAGAUGGAGUGAAUACCGUGGUGGUUUCCGCCGCAUCGACGUCGACGGGUUUUCCGGAUUUUCCCGUGACUGCAGAUACGAAAGCCGUCAGUCUGGAAACGCAGUCAUCUGUCUACGGCGCAGUUCAGAAUACCGUCUCUACGGCACCAGUGGAAAUCCUGGCACGGUCUGAACCCCAAAAAUCCAAGUCCACCUGCAGCGACAGUCGGUGCGUUGUCGACACGCUCGAUCUGGCAGUUGACCGCAGGAUCACGGGCGUCGGUCUUCCGUUGCGGCGAAGUCAUGGUGAUGGUUUCCGGUCCUCACCCGAGCUCAAACUUGAAUCGCCCGUGUACUCAGAGCUGGGAAGUCUGCAGGCACCCGUGUUGAAAGAUGGAGUGAAUACCGUGGUGGUUGCCGCCGCAUCGACGUCGACGGGUUUUCCGGAUUUUCCCGUGACUGCAGAUACGAAAGCCGUCAGUCUGGAAACGCAGUCAUCUGUCUACGGCGGAGUUCAGAAUACCGUCCCUACGGAACCAGUGGAAAUCCUGGCACGGUCUGAACACCGAAAAUCCCAGUCCACCUGCAGCGAGAGUCGGUGCGUUGUCGACACGCUCAAUCUCGCAGUUGACCGCAGGAUCACGGGCGUCGGUCUUCCGUUGCGGCGAAGUCAAGAUGAUAGUUUCCGGUCCUCACCCGAGCUCACACUUGACUCGCCCAUGUACUCAGACCUGAGAAGUCUGCAGUCACCCGUGUUGAAAGAUGGAGUGAAUACCGUGGUGGUUUCCGCCGCAUCGACGUCGACGGGUUUUCCGGAUUUUCCCGUGACUGCAGAUACGAAAGCCGUCAGUCUGGAAACGCAGUCAUCUGUCUACGGCGCAGUUCAGAAUACCGUCUCUACGGCACCAGUGGAAAUCCUGGCACGGUCUGAACCCCAAAAAUCCAAGUCCACCUGCAGCGACAGUCGGUGCGUUGUCGACACGCUCGAUCUGGCAGUUGACCGCAGGAUCACGGGCGUCGGUCUUCCGUUGCGGCGAAGUCAUGGUGAUGGUUUCCGGUCCUCACCCGAGCUCAAACUUGAAUCGCCCGUGUACUCAGAGCUGGGAAGUCUGCAGGCACCCGUGUUGAAAGAUGGAGUGAAUACCGUGGUGGUUGCCGCCGCAUCGACGUCGACGGGUUUUCCGGAUUUUCCCGUGACUGCAGAUACGAAAGCCGUCAGUCUGGAAACGCAGUCAUCUGUCUACGGCGGAGUUCAGAAUACCGUCCCUACGGAACCAGUGGAAAUCCUGGCACGGUCUGAACACCGAAAAUCCCAGUCCACCUGCAGCGAGAGUCGGUGCGUUGUCGACACGCUCAAUCUCGCAGUUGACCGCAGGAUCACGGGCGUCGGUCUUCCGUUGCGGCGAAGUCAUGGUGAUGGUUUCCGGUCCUCACCCGAGCUCAAACUUGAAUCGCCCGUGUACUCAGAGCUGGGAAGUCUGCAGGCACCCGUAUUGAACGACGGAGUGAAUACCGUCCAACCGGAACCAGCUGAAAUGCCCCAGAAACCGGCCAGGUCUGAACGUCGCAAGUCCGCGUUUACAAGAUCAAGACGGUUCAUCUGGAAGGGUCUGGUAAACGCGGCUCGCAGACUUUGUUGCUGCCGUACUUUUGUGGACAUGGAAUGA